UUACUACUAUUGCAAUUGCAAUUGCUACAUCGCUAACCCAAAACUAAACAACGCAACACAACGCAACACAACGCUCUCAUCUCAUUUUUAUGAAACACUCAACACUUUCUUCUCUCCGUUUCGUUUUACCCCAACUCGUCGCAAACUCACUCACUCUCUCCCUCUUUCUCUAAUCCACCCCUCACACGCAGGGUUUCCGAGUGACGCGGAGGAUUUGUAAUGGAUUAUGAGGCUGAUGGUUUUGGUGCCAAUGGCGAGGGAGAGAGCAAGAGAGUGGGUGAAGGCGUUUCUGAGGAGAUUGUGGUGGGGUCCGAUAGUUUGAAGAGUUUAGAUGUAGAGGAGGAUUUUCAGGAGGCAAUGGAGCCGCGGGAGCAGGUUCAUGAUCAAGGAUCCGAACUCCAUCCGGAGGAGGCUGUAGUUGAUAAACAGGAUGAUGCCAACGUUGGUAGUUCAUUGGCUUCAGCUUUGGUGGAUGAAAAAAGUCCAGAUGUCGUUCAGGAGCCUGAUUCCUCUAAGGAGGCCGUUGGGGAUGAUUCUGAGUCUGGGAAGCUGGGUGGAACUGAUGUAAUUGCUAAUCAGGAUUUGGAAAGGGAUGGGCCGGGAACUGAUAGUGUUCAUCCGGAUGUUGUUGAUUCUGGAGUGUCUAGAGAUGAAGAUUUUUUUUAUGGUUCUAAUGGUGUGGGGGAUGAUAAUUUGGAGCGUAAUGAUGGGAUUGGUGGAAAGGAAGAGUCUGGGUUAAAUUCUGACGUAGAGGUGUCAGAUAAGGAAAAUGGUGUUGUGGUGGAUGAAAACUCUGGUUUGACGAGUGAUAAGGCUGAAUUUGAUGAUUCUGAUUUCAUGACUCCUAGAGAAAAUGGUGGUAUAACAUUGGAGGAUAUAAGCAUUGACAAGGAGGACGGUUUGGAUACUGAAGUUAUUACCAAAUCUGAAUCCGAUGCGGUGAUUCCAGCUGAAGGUACUGAUGAUGGGGAUUUGAAGGACGCAGAUCCUGAACUGGGAGAUGGCAAUACAGAGGUAAAGUUAAAUGGUUCAGCGGAUUCUUCUGGUGAGAUUCAAGAUGAUACAUGUGAAGAAGUACAUGCCACUUCAGCUCACACGACUUCAGCACAACAGGAUGAAGUUACUAGGGAUGUGAAGGAUGCUACUCUGGGCACUGAUAUGAGCCAUGAGGAUAGAAAUGGCGAAGAAACCAGUGCCCCUAGCAUUCAGAAUGCUGAAUUAACUGGUUAUGGAAAUGGUGAUGCCGAAGAUGAAAGCUCAUCCUCUUUGGAAAAUCCCUCAACUAAGGAGACAUUGCCUAUACAGGAGGGUAGUGCAGCUGAUCCGAACGAAGGAAGUAAUAAGCAUGAUCCCUCAACUAAGGAGACAUUGCCUAUACAGGGGGGUAGUGCAGCUGAUCCGAACGAAGGAAGUAAUAAGCAUGAUCCCUCAACUAAGGAGACAUUGCCUAUUCAGGGGGGUAGUGCAACUGAUCCAAAAGAAGGAACUUAUAAAGAUGAUCAAGCUCAGAUUUCAGAUGAAAAUCAUAGAGAUGAUGAGAACUCUUAUGUUGUUGAAGAACCUGAAAGGAUACAGGAGAAGAUUAUUAAAGAGACAGGAACCACAGAGGAGACUGGAGAGCAACCUGAUCAACCUUCCGCAGAUAUUUCUUCGGCUGAUCCUGGGCCUCCUCCUCUUCGUCCUUCACCUGAAAAUUCUGCUGGUGCUGGGCCCACUCCUGUCCGUCCAGCCGGCCUUGGUCGUGCAGCUCCAUUGCUGGAACCUGCAUCUCGGGUGGUGCAGCAGCCUCGUGCUAAUGGUACUGUGUCUAACGCUCAAGCCCAGCAAAUGGAGGAUUCCUCGAGUGGGGAGGCUGAGGAGUAUGACGAGACACGUGAGAAACUUCAGAUGAUCAGGGUGAAGUUUUUACGGUUGGCUCAUAGGCUUGGGCAAACUCCCCAUAAUGUUGUUGUAGCUCAAGUUUUAUAUAGAUUAGGACUCGCUGAGCAACUAAGAGGAAGGAAUGGGGGCCGCGUUGGUGCUUUUAGCUUUGACCGUGCAAGUGCAAUGGCUGAGCAGCUUGAAGCUGCAGGUCAGGAGCCACUUGAUUUCUCUUGUACAAUAAUGGUCCUUGGAAAGACUGGAGUUGGUAAAAGUGCUACCAUCAAUUCUAUUUUUGACGAGGUUAAGUUUAAUACCAGUGCUUUUAGUAUGGGAACCAAGAAGGUUCAGGAUGUCGUGGGAACAGUACAGGGUAUUAAGGUACGGGUCAUUGAUACACCAGGACUUCUACCUUCCUGGUCAGACCAGCGAAGCAACGAGAAGAUCCUCCUCUCUGUUAAGAACUUCAUUAAGAAAACUCCUCCUGAUAUUGUGUUGUAUCUUGAUAGGUUAGAUAUGCAAAGCAGGGAUUUUAGUGACAUGCCACUCUUACGCACAAUUACGGAAAUUUUUGGGCCAUCCAUUUGGUUCAAUGCCAUUGUGGUUCUGACUCAUGCAGCAUCUGCCCCUCCUGAAGGCCCCAAUGGCACUGCUUCCAGUUAUGACAUGUUUGUUACUCAGCGUUCUCAUGUUGUGCAGCAAGCCAUUCGCCAAGCAGCUGGUGACAUGCGUCUCAUGAAUCCUGUAUCCUUGGUAGAGAACCAUUCUGCUUGCCGAACAAACAGGGCUGGCCAGAGAGUAUUGCCAAAUGGCCAGGUUUGGAAGCCUCAUUUGUUACUUCUAUCUUUUGCCUCUAAAAUUCUGGCCGAAGCAAAUGCUCUUCUUAAGUUACAAGAUAGUCCACCUGGGAAGCCUUAUAUAGCUCGAUCACGAGCGCCUCCAUUACCUUUUCUUUUGUCAACCCUUCUCCAAUCACGACCACAGUUAAAGUUGCCAGAGGAGCAGUUUGGUGAUGAGGACAGUCUUGAUGAUGACCUUGAUGAGGCAUCAGAGUCUGAUGAUGAGAAUGAACAUGAUGACCUGCCGCCGUUUAAACCUUUAACAAAGGCCCAGGUGGAAAAGCUGUCUAAAGCUCAUAGAAACGCAUAUUUUGAUGAGUUAGAGUACAGGGAGAAGCUUUUAAUGAAGAAACAAUUGAAGGAAGAAAAAAAGCGACGGAAAUUGAUGAAGAAAAUGGCAGAAGCAGCAAAAGAUCUACCUAGUGAUUACAGUGAAAAUGCGGAGGAAGAAGGUGGUGGUGCAGCUUCUGUUCCUGUUCCGAUGCCAGAUUUGGCCCUUCCUGCAUCUUUUGAUUCUGAUAACCCCACUCACAGAUAUCGUUAUCUCGAUUCGUCAAACCAGUGGCUUGUUAGACCUGUUCUAGAAACUCAUGGAUGGGAUCAUGAUGUGGGUUAUGAAGGCCUGAAUGUAGAAAGAUUGUUCGUUGUCAAGGACAGGAUACCUUUGUCUUUCACGGGUCAGGUUACUAAAGAUAAAAAGGAUGCUAAUGUUCAGAUGGAAGUAGCCGGCUCAGUUAAGCACGGGGAAGGGAAAGCAACUUCAUUAGGUUUUGACAUGCAGACCGUGGGCAAGGACUUGGCUUAUACAUUACGCAGUGAGACAAGAUUUACUAAUUUUAGAAGAAAUAAGGCAACCGCUGGUCUCUCAUUUACUUUGCUUGGUGAUGCCUUAUCAGGCGGAGUUAAGAUUGAAGACAAAUUGGUUGCCAGUAAGCGGUUCAAGGUGGUUAUCAGUGGUGGUGCAAUGGCAGGGCGCAACGACAUUGCUUAUGGUGGCAGUUUGGAGGCCCAGUUGAGAGAUAAAGAUUAUCCUUUGGGUCGUUUCUUAUCUACUCUCGGGCUCUCUGUUAUGGAUUGGCAUGGAGAUCUUGCUGUUGGGUGCAAUGUGCAAUCUCAAAUCCCAGUUGGACGACAUACGAACCUAGUUGCCCGGGCAAAUUUGAACAAUCGAGGGGCAGGACAAAUAAGUAUUCGAUUAAACAGUUCAGAACAGCUUCAAAUUGCUUUGGUUGCUCUCAUCCCUCUCGUAAAGAAGCUAGUUGGUUAUCCUCAACAAUUGCAGUAUGGACAGUAUUAACGAUGAUAGUGUUAGCUUACUUCAGCUGCAACACCUGCAUGGUAACAGGGAAUGACUUCAAGUUGGCAUCUUUCAUGAAAUGAGUGAUACUGAAUUUCGCUAUGUUUUUUCAUACUCAAGUUUGUCUUAUUUAAUCAUAUAGUACUUUUCUUCCUUAGCUAUUCUCUUUCGGUGUUUUUGUUAAAUUAUGCUGCUGAACUCCAAGAAUUACAUCAUUUUUAUUCUUGUCUUCUGCGGAUAUACUUGAUGCCUUGUAAAUUCUUCUCUUAUUUCUUUCUUAGAAUGUUAGUCACUUGUACUUUCCGGUUUCUCCAUACUCUAAUAGCAGAUAGCAGUUUGUGCUCUCGGUGCUAUUCAUUUAAAUUUUUCUUGUUGGUCUU